UCCACUUCCCCGAGCUUGAUACUAAACCGGUAUUUGUGACUGUAGAUAGUUGAUUUACUUUUUGAACGAAACAGAUGAGUCUUACUCGCAGGUCGGUGCAAAGGAUAUCAGAAAACUGGCCUAAUUGAGAGGAUAUCUUGGGACAUCUUGAUGCUGUCCAUCUCUGUCCUGCUUGGUCCCCUGAAGUGUCAAAAUGGACGAAGAAAGCCUUGAAGCAGCAAUUGCUACCUAUGGUGCACAGUUGCAGCAGGUAGAGACAGCCCUGUCAGCUGGCCUGGACCCCUCUCAACAGGCUGACCUGCUCAAAUUAAAAGAGGACAUUUCUCAGCUAAUAGAGCUCACUGAGGCCAGUCUGGUGUCUGUCAAAAAGAGUCGGCUUUUGGCCAGCUUGGAGGAAAGCAAUGGCCUACAGCCGUACGCCUCAGAGACAGCAGCUGACACAAGCUGUGCCGACAGCUGUUUGGACCCUGAGUUUGCUGCUUUUUACUCUGAGCUGGGAGAGUUUUCAGGUAGUGGCUCUGAUUCCAGAGAGAGGGACAAUGAGGGGACUGAUGAAGUAGAAGAUGAUGGAGAAAAUGAAGAAGUUGAGGAGGAGGAGGAGGAGGAAGAGGAUGCUCUCAGUGGUACCAAAGUAAGAGCACCCUACAGGACAACAUGGGGAACGCUGGAAUACCACAAUGCUAUGGUGGUGGGGACAGAGCCGCCAGAUGGAGAAGAGGCACAAGUAAGAGUGCUCUACCUCUACCCCACCCAGAAGUCUAUGAAACCGUGCCCGUUCUAUCUAGAGGACAAAUGUCGUUUCCUGGAUAAUUGCAGGUUUUCUCACGGUGAAGUGGUGUAUGUGUCAGAGCUCAGAGAGUUCACGGAGUGCAACCUCAGUUCUCUUGAAGAAGGCUCGUCCUGCUUGACUCGACACGAAGACGGCAUCUGGUACCCAGCAAAGGUUAAAGAUAUAGACAGUGGAUUCUACACUGUGAAGUUUGACUCGCAGCUAAUGAAAGAUGCCGUUGUUGAGGCUGAUUGUGUUAUUCCGCCUUUGAGGGAAGACGACCCACUCUCCUCUGACUCUGACCUGGACGACACUGGAGACGAGGCUGCUUAUGCAAAAGUUAUGGACUCUGCGGAAGAAUCCACAGUUUCGAUAGAUACUGCCAAUUUUGGUGGAUGGGAGGCACAUACCAGAGGCAUCGGAUCCAAGCUCAUGCUCAAAAUGGGCUAUGAAUAUGGGAAGGGCUUAGGAAAGAUGCAGGAGGGUCGAGUAGAGCCUGUCAUGGCUGUGGUCCUUCCCAAAGGCAAGUCUCUGGACGAGUGUGCUGAGUUAACCCAGAGGCGCACCCAGAGCAAGGCCACAAAAGAUGGCACACUGACCGGACGUCCGAAGAAACGCAGAAAACCCCGGGCUGCCACAGGAGAGCGCCGCACUGUAUUUGACUUCCUUAACAACAAACUUGGUGGCAAGGGCACGCAUCCCACUGAGGGGGGUGCUGCUGCACCGUCAUCUGCAACUGGGGUGGAAGCCUACAGGGGAGGUGAAAGCACCAAGAGGAAUUUAAAUGUGAAGCUGUUCCAGGCUGCUCAGAGGGUCUCCCAGACAGAGAGAGAAAUCCAAAGAUUGACAGAGUCACUCAGCAGACACACAGGAGGGGCCACAUCCAUAGUGAAGAAGCUGGAAGAGAAGCUGUCCGCAGCCCGCCGGCUGCUGGCCCAGCAGAAAACUCAGGAGGUAUCCAUCCAGAGCCAGCACAAGAAGGCAGACACCCACAGGAAGAUGACUGAGUUCUGAGUUCUGAGUCCUGAAAUGAACUCUUGUCCAUUUGUUAUCAGUUAUUUUCACCAAUGUAUUUUUUAACAUUUUUAGCAUGUUUCUUUUUAACCACAUUUUGGAUUUGAGCUGGUGGCACAGCUCACUGUGUGCUAAAAAAAAAGGGUAAUUUCUUUCAUUUUUCAAGGACAUAGAAGUUAUUCUGUUCAGGUCAAAUAAUUCAAAUAUCCAUACAGUUAAGUUGAAAGCAGUUUUUUUGUAACGAACAUUUUGUCUCACUAAAUCAAUGUGUUUAGAAAAGUUAUUGUGCAUUUUCUCUUUCCAACCAUACACUUUUACACAACACUAUGAAGAAAUGUUUCUCUAACACACGAUUUCUCUAUUGUACUCUCUCUUCUCUUGGAGAGGUCUCAAUCAUUUCUUGCUGAGGGCUGAAUGCAGUACACCUUGAUUUGGACGUUGACUGGUUUUGAAAUGAUAACCUCUGGUGUUGGUAGACCUUUACAGAGUUUUAAAGUGAAGCCUUUCCUUUCGCCCCCACACCUCUUACUUUCUCAUACACAAAUUCUAUCAAGCUAUGGCCCUAACCUCGCUAUUAAAUAAUGAAUUUGGGGAGAAACUUGUUUUCUCAUAGCUUCAACUUGCAUAGCCUGUGGGUGAUGAGCAGGCCCGGGCAGUGAGAGCAUCUACCUUGCUGCCUUUUAGAGUCAAAUAAAGGUUGACAUCGUGAUGCUAGGUUGGACAAAAUAACUUUUGGACCAGCAAAUAAAAAAUAAAUAAAUAAAUAAAUGGCUGAGCGUGUGUUCAUGGAAAACACCGAGAACACCCCUGCCUCACCGUCAGCAUGUCGGUGGUUGUGUUCCGAUGGGGAUGGUGAAUGUAUUCCUAAUUUAAAAGCAAUAAUUGCAGCAGGGACCGACAGUUUACCUUCGUAAGACAUUCGUGAAGUCUCAGGAUGGACUGGACCAGAGGGCAGCUGCACAUGCACAAAUUAUGAUCCCUUCACCUGGUGCCCUGAGGGAAACCCUGCUUGUGCACCUAUCAGUUUGAGUGGCAGCACUUUCAGAUUGCUCUUGACUGGAGUGAUCACAUUGAAUUUGCUGAUCAUUGGGGGAAUAUGUUGAAAUGCGUGUGAGUGAGUGUGUGUGUGUUGAUAUAAUGGGAUCCCCUGGGCCUCUGUGCAUCACGUCUUACCCCAUUUCGUGAACCGCGGGUCUCGGAGGAUAUUGCUGCCCAUCCACCGGCAGAUUAGCGAGUGUGUUCAGGUCUAGGCGUGCGCACACUCCUGCAGACGUCUGUGGCAUGUAUGCAUGUAUUCAGACCGGCCUAUUUAAGGGAGUUUUUGCAGGUAACUGGCACUUCGUCAGAGCCUGGAUUAUGCGAUUAAGGAGGUGUGAUAGGAGAAUUGAUUGGGAGGUUACUGUGACAGAUGUCUUACUUAGAAAUUCAUUCCGUUGUGCGAGGGGUUGCCAGACUGCAGGGGCUGGCCUCUGAAUAAAGAGCAGGGUGUUUGCCUGUGGCUCUCUGUGGUACAAAUCAACCGCAUUAUAAAGUACACAUUUCAUGUACCCAAUAAUACAAGCAUGUAACUUACAUGUUAUAGUUCAUCAGUGACAGAAGUCUAGGGAAUAGACGACUCUGCCUGCCUUUUUACGUCCCUGGCCCACAUUUAAUGCAGUCAGGAAUCAGUUUUAAUCGUUCCUCUUUUCUUAGACAUUAGGGCAGACAAAAGACAUCUUGUCAGCUUGAGGGUCCAGAUUAUAAACACAUCACAAGAAUAUAGACACAUCAUGAUUGUGGCCAAUGUGACAUUGAUACAAAAUGGAAGAAAUGGAACUGAAAAAUAGGAAAGUUUCAGGUAAUUUUAGAUGUUUUUACUCUUCAUUCGGUUUUAUGUUCAGUUCUAUUUUUUUGUAACAGUGAUUCAUCAAUGCAUCACAUUGCGUGUCACAUUCUGAAUGGUAGAGGGAAGUUCUUGCCCAGGUGACUUUGAAUCUUGGAUGCACAUUCUGUACUCUUAUAAAAUAAAAAUGUUGGCCAGAUACGCAGGUUCUUAAAUUGUGAGUAUUACUCUAAAUGAAAUUGACUCUGUGGAAAUUUGUCUAACGUGAUUUACACAGUGUGUUUGGGACUGCAGUGAUAGCAGAUUUGGAAUAGUGUGGAAGGUGGUGUCGUUUGUUGCAUUUACACAAGCAAAUACGCGAGAACCAAAUUGUAUCGUACAUCUAACAUAAGCUGCGAACUCAUCACGUGAGAGAGAAAAGAGAGAUUAUAAUUUACAAAGCUGUCACAUGGACACGAUGCAACAGGAGCUGAUCGCACCAAAUGACUGCAUU